AUGUGGUUAUUGCAUGAGGAUUGCAUACGUUCAUCAUGUUAUAAGGCACUGACGUUGUUACUGAGAUUAAAUCAUGUGUAGCGUGCAGGAUGGGGAUACUGGUGGGCCUCUACAGAAAGAAAAAAUCAGUCCAGGAAGAAAAUGCAUGAAGUGUCGCACGGAAAAUGCUAUCUUGAUCACCAGAGUGAAUGAUGCCUUUUGCAAGGCUUGCUUUAUGGUAUAUGUAACACACAAGUUCCGAGCCACCAUUGGAAAGUCUAAGCUGGUCCGUGAUGGAGAAAAGGUCUUGGUUGCUUACUCUGGAGGUCCAUCAUCGAGUUGUCUACUUCAUCUCAUUACAGAGGGAUUGAGUCAAAGGGCACACAAGAAACUACGCUUCAUACCCGGGAUUAUCUUCAUAGACGAGAGUGCAGUGUUGGUUAACCUGGAAGUGGACGGCGUGGCUGAGAAGGACAGGAUAUCUGAAUUAAUGGCCAGUAUGGGCUACCCUUAUCAGACCCGACGUUUGGAGGAGGCCAUAUGUCUUGACCAAGGACAACACUUACCUGAAGCUGACCUGUCCAGUCUGGCAGAAUCUGACCAGGCUUGUGUCCAAAGUACUGACCUUGCCAAGCAGAAUGACAACCUUGACAGGGCAAGAAUUGAGAUUAAGUCUUUGUUUUCCUCCAUCAAAUCUCUCACAGCCAGAGAGGACAUGCUCAACAGAUUAAGACAGAGGCUACUGAUGGAAGUUGCUCAAGUUCAAGGUUACUCCAAGGUUAUGACCGGUCACUGUGGGACGCGGCUGGCUGUCAAUCUCCUUUCAGACAUAUCGCAGGGAAGGGGUGCUCAUGUCGCUAUGGAUACAGCAUUUUCUGACACCAGGUAUCCCAAUAUCAUGCUUGUGCGACCUAUCAGGGAUUUUAGUUCUAAGGAAGUGGCAAUGUACAAUUCUUUACAUGGUGUAGAAUCUGUGUUCCUACCAACACUCACAACCAAGACAUAUGAAGGAUCGAGCAUUGAACAUCUGACGGAGGCGUUUGUUACAGGACUGCAGACUGACUAUCCCUCCACUGUCAGCAACAUCAUGAGGACAGGUGAAAAGCUAAGUACUGAGAAAAGGGAUGGAGAAAACAGCCACUGCGCCUUAUGUGGGGCUCCCCUCGAUACAGACGUUGGUGCCUGUUCAGCAUUAAGUGCUGUAGAGUUCUCCUCCCUGAUCUCCCGGACGAGGAAAGGAAAAGUCACCACAUGUGGGGACAGUACCACCUGCUGCGGGGAAGGGGACGGUAGCUGUCACACAAAGUCAGAGGGUGUGAAGAAGGAGGAAGUUUUGUCAGUGUUGUGUUAUGGAUGUCGAAUGACUGUUAAAGACAUGGUAGAGCCUGCAGCACUACCAGAUAAACUGCUGGCACAGAUUUCAUACCGACUACGCAGGUCAAAGAUGAAGAACGAUAUUCAAGAUUUUCUUCUUGAUCCAGAAAACAGUUGAUGAAUA